UCUUAGCAAAUAUAUAGAGCUGUAGGAGAGGCCUUUCUGUGCCUCCGAGAGCAGUUUGGAUGGCUAAUACAAAUACAAAGGGCUGUGAUGAAUGGAAACUUUUUAUGGUAAUGAUAGCAAUCGACUUAGCAUUUGCUAUUUUGAACAUUCUUCUACAGAAAGUCCUUGAUCAAGGCCUUAAUCACUUGGUACUUAUCACAUACCGGCUGUCGGUUGCUACCGUUUUCCUAGCACCAGUGAGCUACUUCUUGGAAAGGAAGAGGAGACCGAAGCUCACACUUAGAAUACUGUGUUACCUCUUCUUCAGUGCGAUUGUUGGGACAUCACUGGCUCAAUACUUCUUCCUUCUUGGAGUUCAAUACACAUCUGCUACAUUCUCUUGCGCCUUCAACAACAUGGUUCCUGUGGUCACAUUCAUGAUGGCAUUGCCAUUCGGUUUCGAGACUCUGAACAUAAAAAACAGCAGUGGGAGAGCCAAAGUCCUUGGCACACUAAUCAGUGUUGGCGGCGCCAUGAUGCUGACUUUGUACAAAGGAAUGCCUUUGUUCAACCAUCCACAUUCACAAUCCUUUUCUCCAAUCAAUCAUGGCCUCGAGUUGGGCUCGAGUAAGAGGAUACGGAGAUGGACAGUUGGGUGUGUUGCUUUAAUUGCUGGAACCGUUCUGUGGUCUUCAUGGUUUCUCAUACAGUCAUUUAUAAGCAGAAGGUACCCCUGCCAGUAUUCCAGCACUACCAUUAUGUCCUUCUUCGGGGCCCUUCAGUCGGCUUUAAUAAGUUUGUGUACAAGCAGGAAACUUUCUGUCUGGGUUUUGAAGGGAAAAUUAGAAACCUUAACCGUCCUCUAUGCAGGAAUGGUUGGAUCGGGAUUGUGCUUCGUGGGGAUGUCGUGGUGUGUCCGGAAAAGAGGUCCAGUCUUCACUGCAGCAUUUAGCCCUCUAAUUCAGAUAAUGGCAGGAAUGAUAGAUAUUCCUCUGCUGCAUGAAGAACUACACCUUGGAAGUGUUUUGGGAUCUAUGAUUGUGAUUAUCGGAAUGUACAUUCUUCUGUGGGGUAGGAAAAAAGAAAUGCCGGAUUUCGCAGAAAAACUAACCCAAGAAGCAGUAGAAAUCAAGGGACAGGAGGCAGAGCUGCCAGUUGCUUCAGUCUCUUCUGAUUCAAGGUGUUCUUGAAGGUCAAGAAGUUCAUUUCAAAGCAAUUACUUU